UAUCCACUUUCUUGCUUGAACCUCAAAUUAAUAUCUGCCUGUUUCAUAGGCAGGCAAGGUUUUAUUUAAAUAAAUAAAUACACACACGUAUAUACAGGGGCACCUAGGGGCUCAGUCGGUUGAGCGUCCACCUCUAGAUUUCGGGUCCGGUCCCGAUCUCCGAGUCAUGAGAUCCAGCCGUAUGGGGCUCCGCACUCCAGCAGGGAGUCGGCUUCAGUCCCUCUCCCGCUGCCCCUCCCCCCACUCGCUAAAUAAAUAAAUAAAAUCUCCAAAAAAAUAAUGUGUGUGCGUGCGCACGCGCACACGCGCACGCGCACACGCGCACACCCACACACACCCCAGAUUCAAUCUGUACUCCCUGCAGAAACUGUAGAAAUAAAGACGUUACAAAGAGGAAAAUGAAAAUGACCUGAACCUCACCCUUUUGGAGCAGUUACUGUUGACAUCUGUUUUAUUUUCUUUCCUUCCUUCUUCGCAGUCGAGGAAACUGAGGUAGGGAAACUGGGUAACUUUCCCAAAGUCACGGAGCUACAAAGUAGCAGAGUCGGGAUUCGAACCCGGGGCGCUGAUGGAGCGGGUCCCGGCGGGUUGUUGUGAGGUCUCACGUGACUAACGCCCGCCACGGACCCGCACUGGGCACUGGACGCAGCGGGCUGUGAAAGGAGCGGGGCUCUACCGGGAAAGAGGAAGGGGGCCCUCGGGCUGGUGCCGACGCCGGCCUUGCGUGUCCGGAGCAGGUGAAUGGAGCCGGGGCCGGAGCCCAACGCCACGCUCACCGCCGCCACUCCCGAGCGACCGCUCCGCCUCGUCUUCGCCGGGCUCUGCGGCCUCAUCCUGCUGGCGGGGCUGCCGGCCAACGCGCUCAUGCUGCUGGUGGUGGGCCGGGCCUCCGGCGCCCCCGCGCCGCUCCGCGCCCUGACUGGCAGCCUCAUGGUGAACGUCACGCUGUCCGACCUGCUCUUCCUGGCCUGCGUGGUGCCCGUGCUGCUGCUGAGCUUCCUGCGGCCCGACUGGUGGCUGGGCCCUGUCAUCUGCACCACCAGCCAGGCCGCCAACAAUGCCACCAUGUUCUGUACCUUCUACAGCAUGGUGGCCACGGCUUUUCUGCGCCACGUGGCGGUGGCCCGGCCUGAGCUGGCCCUCCCCUCGGGCCGGGGCGCCCGCCUGCUGCUCUGCGGGGCCAUGUGGGUCCUGGGCCUCACUGCGUCAUUGCCCAACUGGCUGUUCCAAAGAGUGGUGGCGGAGGAGGGGACAGCAGGGGCCCGGGCCUGCCUCUUGCUCCUGAGCCCCGCCCAGACCUCCCGCUACUUCACCCUGCUGGGAGCCCUGGCCUUCCUGCCUUGUAUGUUGGGGCUGGGCUGCUCUUUCAGCCACGUUGCUUGGCUCAUGUGGACACAGCCGCGCGGCCCCAGUGGGGAGAGCAUCCAGGAGCACCAGGAGAACACAGGGCUCGUCCUUGUGGUGCUGGUGGUCUUUGUGCUGAUGUGGGGGCCCUGCUCCGUGCUGGGCUAUGUGGCAGCCGUGGGUGGCCUGCCUGCCACGCCAGUGGCUUUCGUGGCCUCCAGUCUCUGCACCAUCCUGGCCUACUCCAAUUGCGCAGUCAGCCCCAUCCUCUGCUUCUACCUCUCCCGCCCCUUCCAGGCGGGGCUCAGGGAUCUCUUCCGCAGGCGGGUGGCAGCCAGGCCGCCUGGGGUUGUGGGUGGGGCCAGAAUGGCGCUGGAGCGUGUCCAUCCGGGCCAGGACAGGGCCCCAGGAGGCCUAUGGGGUCUGGCGGGGGUCUGAGAAGUUCGGGUGAUGGGAGAGAGGGCCGAGAGUCAAGAGAGGCGGGAAGACCCUUAAUGACGCUAUAGCCUGUCCCCUCCAUUUUACCAGUAGGGAGGCUGAGAUCCAGAGAGGGCGGGUGGCCCAGCCAAGGUUACACGCAACUAAAACGGUGACUAGGUUGGUGCUCCCAUUCCACCUUGGGGCUCAGAUCCCUAUAGAUUCUGCCACUUUCUAGUUGUAUGACCUUGAGCAAGUCCCUUCACUGCUCUAUGACUUUGUUCUGUCAUCUGGAAAAUGGGAUAAUGAUUGUACCUUCUUCGUAGAGUUGUUACAACGAUAAACAUAACAUAUACAAUGUGCUUA